AAACAAAUCUUAAUAAUGUCGGUUGUCCCCACUUUUCUUAAUUUCCUGAUGAAUUUCUCAACCAAAACUUCUGACUAUACCUCACCAUUUGGCGUCCAUUAACCUCUUCCAACACCCUUCCACUGUUUCUUUCUUUCUUUCGCUUUCUUCUUUAUGCAACAGUGCCACAGACAUAGUCUUCUCUAAUUUCCAUUCAAGUCUCUCUCUUAGACGCUCACUCAUCACUUCUUGCUUCUUUCUUUAACUCUCAUCUCCAUCUUCAUGCUUUCGAGAAAGCAAACACCUCCGGAUUCUCCAUGGAAGGAGAAGGAGGAGAAAUUGUUGUACUGUUCCAAAACCAAAGAACCCAACUUGUUGAUGACCAUCCUCAGCAAUCCCCACCUCAGGUUUGGUGCUUUCGUCUUUGUCUUUCUGUCUGCUUGGCUUCUUCUGCUCCUCUUUUGGUUCCCACCCAAAAUAGCCACCACACCGACAACCACACCCAAUGUGGUCGAUGCUCUUCUUGUUCCGGACCAAGGUACCCAAGAACAAUCACAACUCCAAGUAUCAAAGUGCGAUGAUCCAAGCGUGUCGGUUUAUGUAUACCCUUUGCCGGCGAAGUUCAACAUUGGACUUCUUGACCGGUGUGAAUCCCUAAACGUCUACACCGACAUGUGUCCUCAUGUGGCGAACCACGGACUCGGCCAGCCCAAACCAAAUAUGGGAUCGGCCGCGGCGUCGUGGUUCGCCACUCACCAGUUCAUAGCCGAGAUGAUCAUCCACGCGCGCGUGGAGAAUCACCCCUGCCGAACGCACGACCCCUCACGCGCCACCCUCUUCUACGUCCCCUUCUACGGCGGCCUCUACGCUUCCAGCAAGUUCCGCGAGGCCAACCUAACCGCCCGCGACGAGCUCGCCUUGGAGUUGGUGGAGCACAUCCAGUCCCAGCCCACGUGGCACAAGCGCCACGGCAAGGAUCACUUCAUCGCCCUGGGGAGAACCGCAUGGGAUUUCAUGCGAACAUCCGACGGCCCAGAUUUUGGCGCCAACGUCCUCCUCAACCUCCCCGCUGUUAAAAACAUGUCGGUGCUGACCGUGGAGAGACAACCUUGGCAAGGCGCCAACCAGUUCGGGAUACCCUACCCUUCCUACUUCCACCCCUCCUUCUUGCCGGAGAUGCUGACGUGGCAGACCAAGAUGCGCGGCGCCGCCCGGCCCCACCUGUUUUCCUUCAUCGGCGGGCCGAGGAAGGGCUUAGAGAAGGCUGCCAUACGUAACGAGUUCAUAAGGCAGUGCGCCGAGUCGAAUCGGUGCUUCCUCAUGAAAUGUGGCGCCAACGGAGCUAGCAAAUGCCACGAGCCGAGUGAGGUACUGAAGGUCAUGAGUGAGUCGCAGUUUUGCUUACAGGCUCCCGGCGACUCCUACACGCGGCGGUCAACGUUUGACUCGGUAUUGGCCGGGUGCAUUCCGGUGUUCUUCUCGCCGCACACGGCGUACACGCAGUACAAGUGGUUUUUACCGGCGGAGGCGAGCGAGUAUUCGGUUUACAUCGACGAGAAGAGUGAGGGGAGUAAGAGGAUAGAGGAAGAGUUGCUGAAGAUUCCGGUGGAGAAGGUGGAGAUGAUGAGGGAGAAGGUUAUUGAGAUGAUACCUAGCUUGACGUACGCGCAUCCCAAUGCGAGUGGUUUAGGGUUUAAGGACGCCGUUGACGUUGUGCUUGCAUCAUUGGCUAAUCAUGUCAAUAAUUUAGUUAAUUAAGUUGAUUUAAUUUAAUUAAUUAGCAGCUGCGUUUAAUACAUGUGUAUAUUGGGAGCCAGCGUUAUGCGGAAGGUCAAGGUUCAAUUCUUUAAACCUUGCCGACAGUCGGGCCUUUUUUUUUUUUUUCCUUUUCUUUUUUGUUUCCUUCUUCUUCUUUAGCGCUUUUGUAAAGGAUGUUGUUCAUUAAUCCAUACCAUACAUCUUAUUG